AUGCUCUCACGUGUUGCUGCAGUCAUGGCACCCCGCACACCCAACCGUCGCCGCGUGACCGGAUCCAACGGAAGGAGGAGGGAAGGAAGAGAGAGUGAGCCGCAGAGACCCAACAUGUCUCGGCAUCUCUUCUGCUCUGCGGUGCUUCUCCUCGUUCUUGUGAUGAUGUGCUGCGGCACAGGAGUUGCUCACGCGGAGGUGCAGCCAUCGCAAAAAAAGUUUGAAUGGAAAGUCAUCAAGGAUGAGGGUGGUGGGGUAACUGUGGAGUCGUUGGGUGCUCCCGGUCUUCUAAAAGUGGGGAGUGACGUGUUUGCCGUUGCCGAGGCGAAGAACAAGGAGAAGAACGGUCAAGGCAGCUUUACUGGCAUUGCAUCCCAACUUCUCACGGAAACAGAGGAAAAAAAGGAUAACACACCGGUGGAAGUUCUGAAGGAUCCAAAAGAUACAAAAUUUCUGGAGGAAGACGGUUCCGCAGACUCAAAGAAGAAAGUGGAUGUGAGCCGACCAACAACAGUUAUGAGGGGAAAUGAAAUUUACAUGCUUGUUGGGAAAUACAGCCAGGCAGCUGCCUCUGAUCAGGAUAGAGUUGCCAAUGACGGGGGAUUAUUGCUGGUGCAAGGGAGCGUCUGUGACGAAGGUGGUAGUGGCAAAAGGAUCAAAUGGAAAGAUAAUGACGGUGUCUCGCGUAUUUCUGUUGGCGAACUAGAUUCCUGGACAGGGCUGACUGGCGGCGGUGGAUCGGGUAUUGAGAUGGAGGAAGGUAUGCUUGUGUUCCCCGUGGAAGGCAAGAAGAAGGAGAAGGGUGGAUCAAAUGACGGAAAGACCGUCUCACUGCUCAUAUACUCCUCGGAGGAUACUAAUAAGAAUUGGAAUCUGUCGAGGGGGAUGUCUGACGGUGGCUGCGGUGAUCCCUCCGUCGUGGAGUGGAAGGACAAAAAACUCAUGAUGAUGACUGCGUGUGAUGAUGGCCGCCGCAGGGUGUACGAGUCCGGUGACAAGGGGGAGUCGUGGACGGAGGCGCUCGGGACACUCUCGCGCGUGUGGGGCAACAAAAAGGGUGAAGGAGAGAAGGGCGUUAGAAGCGGGUUCAUCACAGCGAGGAUUGACGGUGAUGAAAAUAACAGAAAUGUGAUGCUCGUCACUCUGCCGGUGUAUUCCGAGAAGGCUGAUAAAAAAGAAACGGACAAUGGAGAAAAAGGCGUACUCCGUCUUUGGCUGACGGACAAUACGCACAUUGUUGAUAUUGGGCCGGUAUCCGAUGAUGACGCUGCCGCCAGCUCCCUGCUGUACAAAAGUGCUGAAGGUGGAACUGAUAAGAAGGAGUUGAUUGCACUGUACGAGAAGAAGAAGAAGGGCGAUGAGAAACCAUCACCCGGUAUGGUCUCUGUGCUUCUGACCGCGCAGCUGCAGCGUGUGAAGGAGGUGCUGGCGACGUGGAAGAAAGCGGACGACCGUGUCUCCAAGCUGUGCCCCUCAAGUGAUGUGGAGGAUGCCUCAACCGGCGAUGCCUGCAGCCCUAUUGUUAGGAUCACGGAUGGGCUGGUUGGCUUUUUGUCGGGCAACUUCUCUGAUGGCACAUGGAGUGACGAGUACCUCGGGGUGAACGCCACAGUGAAGAACAAUGAUGAUGGGGGUGAUAAGGCAACAUUGCAUGCCGGCGGAGUGAAGUUCACGGGAGCGUGGGCGGAGUGGCCUGUUGGCGCGCAGGGGGAGAAUCAGCUGUACCACUUUGCGAACUACAACUUCACUCUUGUGGCGACGGUGUCCAUCGACAAGGUGCCGGAGGGAAGCACCCACAUUCCUUUGAUGGGAGCGAAGACGAAUAGUGCUGAGAAUACAGUACUCCUGGGACUCUCGUACAGCAACAACGAGAAGAAAUGGAUGCUACUGUGCGGUAGCGGAAACCGUAAGGAGCUUAGCAGCGCUUUGGAGCCAGGGAAAACACGCCAAUUGGCCAUUGUGCUACAGAACGGCAGCCAGGGCUCCGCGUACGUUGAUGGUCAGCGUGUGGGUGUGGGUGAUGCGCCAUGUGAAUUGAAAGUGACGGAACCGAACGAAAUCUCCCACUUCUACAUCGGAGGGGAUGGAAACAGUGCCGGCGGCGCAGGGAGCCAAGAAGGCGUGUCUGUGACUGUGACGAACGUCCUGCUGUACAACCGCCCGUGGACUUCCGAAGAGAUUGGCGCCCUAAACCCGAAUAAAGACACCAUUACGUCUCCGAUGACCGAAAAUGCGCCGGAAACCAUGUUGCAGUCUCCUGCGAAACCACAGCCGUCGGAAGACGAACCGUUGAAGGAGAAUAUUGGUGCUGGCGUUUUAUCCAGUGCAGCUUCCACUGCUACGACUGUCUCGUCUGAUUUUGCCCAAGAGGCGGCAACAGGGAGUGGGGAUACGAUGCUGGGAAAUGGAUCACCCCAAACUCCUGAGGAAAGUGUGAGCUCUGGUGAGGAUGGUGAGGAUGGGGAGACGGCGGAAGGAACGGAUGUGCAGGGAGAGGGAAUCCAUUCACAAGGCAGGGAAGUAAAUGCUGCGGCACUCAGCAGCAGCCUCGGAAAUGUGUCGCAGGGGAAUAACAGCGAUGCGUGUACUGUGCGUGGGAGCAGACUGCUGCCGCUGCUUCUUCUGUUGGGACUGUGGGGGUUUGCGGCUCUGUGA